AUGAUUGAACACAAAGAGAAGUUCGAUGCGUACACUCAACUCACCACUUCCAGAAGCCAGAUCUACCUGAUAAAUAAAGACAGCGAUAAAUGGCAGCGUCCCAACCAGAUGUUCCACAAGAAUCGAGACAAGAGCAAAUGGUGUGCUUUUCACGGAGAUCACGGCCACCUGACUGAGGACUGCCGGCAUCUCAAGGAUAAUCUGGAGGAUUUGUUGAGAAGGGGAUAUUUCAGUCAGUAUAAGGCUCAGACUAAAGAAGGAGAUCUGGCGAAGACGGCAAACCGAAACGUUCAGUCAAGGAUCAGUGAGAUCCAUGUGAUAAGCGGUGGACCUAUUCAUGGCGGAAGCGUGAAUGGGGUAAAGGCAAGCUUAAAAGGGUUCAGGCAUCAGAUUAAUUUCAAUGAAAGCAUGCAGUGGAGACGACCGCCAAUCAUGCCGGCAAUGUCCUUCACUGUAAAAGACGCAGAGCACGUCAUAUAUCCCCAUGAUGACCUACUGGUGGUCACAUUAAAAGUAUCAAACUGCUUGAUUCAUAGAAUCCUGGUUGAUGGACGAAGCUCCGCCAAUAUCUUGUACCUUUCAACAUUUAAGAAGCUGAUGAUAGGACCGGAGCACCUGAAGCCCGUCCGAUACCUAGUAAUAGGGUUUACAGGGGCGUCCGUGACUCCUGAGGGCCUAGUGUGCCUCCCGGUCCAAAUUGGAGAUGAUGUUGAAGCCCGAGAUGUAAUGACGGAAUUUCUAGUGGUUGACGUACCGGGAGCUUAUAACGCCAUUAUUGGGCGUCCUUUCAUCCAUGAUGUCCAGGGAAUCAUCUCUACAUAUCACCUUACUAUGUUGUACGUCUCUAAUCUGGGGAGAACAACAAAGUUGAAGGGAAAUCAGGAGGCAGCACAAUCAUGCUACCUAACCACACUUAAACAACCAGCAAAAAGGAUGCCAGUGGAGGAAGUAAACCCGCUAACUAGGAAGCAGAGGCGGGACCAGAGGAGAGCUUUGAUGAAUGAAGCAGAGAACGAGAAGGAAGAAGAAAUGAUGCAGGUUUCAAUGGAAGAGUUGGAGGCCAGGCCUGAAGAUACGCCAAGGCCCCAACCAGAUGGAGAGACUCAGCAAGAAAUGCUAGCGGAAGAUCCGGAAAGGACAGUGGUUGUCGGAACAGACAUGGACCCAAAAGCCAGGAUCAAUCUGGUGACUAACCUACGAGAAAACGCGGAUGUCUUCGCAUUUUCGGCGGAUGUGAUGCCAGGGAUAGACCUAGCUGUGAUGGUACAUCGUCUGAAUGUGGACAUCACUGUCCGCGCACUCAAGCAGAAGAAAUGA